CGCUGCCUCUUCCGGCAUCGCUGCGAUGGCGGCGGCGGGACUGGCGGGACUGGGCCCCGGCGAGGCCGCGGCGGCCGCUCAGGCGCUGUCGCUGCCGGCGGAGGCGUUUGGGAACGACCCCCGCGUGGAGCUGGCCUGGGCCAUGAAGGCCCAUCAGCACGCCCAGGUCUACUUCAACCUCAUCUCCUCCGUGGACCCCAAAUUCCUGAGCCUCACCAAGGUGGACGACCGGAUCUACGAGGAGUUCAGGAAAACCUUCCGGGACCUGAAAAUCGACGUGCUGGACCCCGAGGAGCUGAAAUCGGAGCCGGCCAAGGCGAAGUGGCGCCCGUUCUGCCUGAAGUUCGAGGGGGUGGUGGAGGACUUCAACUACGGGACUCUGCUCCGCCUGGAUUCCCGCCGGGAAUACACCGAGGAAAACACCAUCUUCGCCACCAGGAUCCAGUUUUUUGCCAUUGAGAUCGCCCGGAACAGGGAAGGGUGGAAUGACGCCGUUUACAGGGGUGAGGAGCCAAAAUCGGGCUGAGGACGGGGCAAACUCACCUGGUGCCAAGCUGAGAGGGGCAGGAGCCCCCAGCCCCGCUCUGGGUUGAGGGGGCAGCAGGGCUGGACCUGCCUCGGCUGCUCCUCCCGCUCGGGCUGUAAAUAAAUGUUUUUAAAAACUGA